AUGCCUCAGGCCAAACAACACAGCCCCACCUGUCAGCAGACAGACUUCCUGAGCCUACAGACCCCUCUAGACAUGCCCCUAGUCAUGGUCCUGCCCACCAUGGAACCAAGACCCAGCUCCACCCUCGAGGGUCUUGAGAUCCGCCUCCCGCCCCGCCCUGUCGCCCCGCCCCGUCGCCCCGCCCUGUCGCCCCGCCCCGUCGCCCCGCCCUAUCCCCCCGCCCCGCCCCACCCCCGCCCUAUCCCCCCGCCCUAUCGCCCCGCCCCUCACACCCCGCCCUAUCGCCCCGCCCAUCCCUCUCGUCCCGCCCACCCCUCUCGCCCCGCCCUCCCCUCCCCGCCCCUCCCACCAUCGCCUCGCCCCGCCCCACCCUCCCCUCGAGCCUUCGGAGAAGCGCGUUUCCCAGCGCCGGCGGGCCGCUCGUCACUUCCGGCCAUUUAA